UAGCGGCGACGCAUUGACCAUGUCGGGACAUGACGGACCUUCAUCGAUAAAUAUCAUCGAGAGGAAACGGAUUGCCAAGUUGGCUGAACAUUUGAGCAAGAGCACACACUUCGCUGCGAAAGAGGCCGAACACUUGCUUCAUUAUUUCUACAAGAAGCGACUACGGGAUAAGGAUAAGAUGGAUCGCAUCACGUUCCGUCAUAUUCUUCACGUCAGCUUUCAAAUUUCGGACGACUUUCUGAUGGACAGAAUUUUUCGCGCGUUUGAUAAAGACAACGACAGCCAUAUUAGUAUGGAAGAGUGGAUAGAGGGAUUGAGCACGUUUGUACGCGGAACUAAAGAAGAAAAAAUUAAUUUUGCUUUCGUUGUGUAUGAUGUAAACGGUGACGGGUACAUUUCGAAGGAAGAUAUGUUUCCAAUGCUGAAGGCUUCCUUGGUCAAAAUGCCAACAGAGGAAGAUCCCGAGGAAGGAAUCAAGGACCUUCUUGACUUGGUGUUAAAGAAAAUGGAUCAUGAUAAAGACGGUCGUCUGUCUCAUGUUGACUUCACUAAGUCUGUUUGCAACGAUUCUCUUCUACUUGAGGUCUUCGGUCCGUGUCUACCGACCACCGAAGCAGCAGACAAAUUCAUGGAAGAAUUCCAAUAAUCAACUCUUACCAUAUUUAUUACUUAUUCAUACAGCUAUCAACACAGAGAAAACUAAACUUUAGAUCUAAAUUGCCAUAGCAAUAGUCCGAGCCUCGAGGCCAAGCAGCGCAUUACUAUUGAUAUCAAUAUGAGUUUUGU